AUGGGUAAAAAGUGUUGUAUAUAUGGCUGUACCACAAAUUAUUUAUCGGCUAAAAAGAAAUCUGAUAAUUUAAAGAUCUCAGUAUAUCGAUUUCCUAAAAAUGAAGAUGAAAAACAAAUGUGGAUUAAAGUAAUUCCAAAUGCAAAUCUAAAGGUAAUUAAUGACACUUUAGUUUGUGAGUUGCAUUGGCCAAUAAAUUUUGAAAAACAACAAGUUAGAGGAAAAUUUCGUCUUAAAUUUCCACCAUCUGUUUGGCCAGGCAUACCGUCUUGUCAAAUUCCCACUCAACCUCCUCCAUUACGUUCAACAAAUAGUGCCUCUUCAUGUAUUCGAAACUUUGCUCAAGAUGAAUUAUCAGCCUUUUUAGAAAGAGAUAGAGUAACUUUUGCUGAAAUGAAAGAAAUUGAUGAUUAUUAG